GCGCCGCGACAGGAAGUGGGAUGUGUCCCGGAUGAAUUCGUGUUGCUGUUCCACAUCUGAGAAUCAUUGAAUCAGCUCCAGAGCGGGUUUGAGCCGAGCCCAGCGGCGGACGACGACACCCCCGCACUCCGUCACGAACAGCCGAACCCCCGGUGCCGGUCGGUCUGGACCGAACCCAGGACUUACUUAGCGACCGUCCAGCGCUUAUGUAAAGGCAGCAUGUGAAUCGUCAUUUUCGGACUUUUUAGUGGUGGCGCGCGCAGCUCCCGGUCACUGUCAGACAGAUGUCGAGGACUCAGCAUCACCUGAUGAUGAUGGAGUCCUCCGUGGCGCUGGGCAAACCGGAUCUGGCUCCCGGUUCCGCUGCCGGACUCGACCCGGUCCCGCGAAGCUCCGGAGGGGACCCCGGCAAAGAGCCGCAGGACCCGCCUAACCUGAACGGCUGCGUGCCCCUCUCCCAUCAGGUGGCGGGACACAAGUUCGGCGUGGACAAGGGCGGGAUCCUGCAGCACCCGGACGGUACGGUCCUGAAGCAGGUCCAGCCUCCACCCAGGGGUCCCCGAGAAAUGCAGUUCUACAGCACGGUCUAUGCAGAGGACUGCUGUGACCCCUGUCUUCUGGACCUCCAGAAUUACCUUCCCAGAUACUAUGGCACGUGGUCGCACCCGGACAGGCCGCACGACCUGUACCUGAAGCUGGAGGACGUGACUCGCCACUUCGUCAAGCCGUGCAUCAUGGACGUUAAGCUGGGCCAGCAGAGCUACGAUCCUUUCGCCUCGCAGGACAAACGAGAGCAGCAGAUCAAAAAGUACCCGCUCAUGGAGGAGAUCGGGUUCCUGAUCCUCGGCAUGAGGGUUUAUAACAUGUGCAGCGACUCGUUUUGCUCCUACGACCAACACUACGGACGGGGCCUGGUGAAGGACUCGGUGAAAGACGGUUUGGCCAGAUUCUUCCAUAACGGCGCCGGCGUGCGGGGGGACGCCGUCCUGGCCAGCAUCUGGAAAGUGCGGCAAAUCCUCCACUGGUUCCAGUCCCAGCGGAAGCUGGCCUUCUACGCCAGCUCCCUGCUGUUCGUCUACGAGGGCCUUCCCUCCUCGUCCUCGCCGUCUCUGCCCGCGAAUGAGAGCGCCGCUCUGUUUUUGGCGGCUGACGGCGGCCGGGAGGAGAAAGCCGUUAGGGGGGAGACUGGGGAGGGAAAGGGAGUCGCUGAAAACAACAACAACACCGAGGAGGCAGCGCCGCGGCUAUGCAGCCCGCCCACCAUUUACAACGCAUUCAUGAAGGCCAGAGACCGCUGCAGUGGGGACGGGCGUCUCCAUGGCAACGGCAGUGGCUCAAACUCAGGACUGUGGGAGGAGGACAACGCCACCUGGCAAAAGAGGGGGGACCUGAAAGCUUCGCCCAACGGAAACCAAACCAAAUCGCAACUGGAAGGAAAAGAUGAGGACAAAAAGAGGGAGGAGGAGGAGGAAGAGGAGGGAGGAGGAGGUGAAGGAGGACGGGACGGCACUGACGUGGAAGUGAAGAUGAUCGAUUUUGCUCACGUUUUCCCGAGCGACAGCUGUGAUCACGGAUACAUCUUCGGUCUGAAAAACCUGCUGACAGUGCUGGAGCAGAUCCUCUGUGACGCCACCACCUCCUGAAGGAGGCGGGGCAUAGGGACGGACGCCAUCCCCCUCCCCUUCAACAACCUGAAGGAGGCGGGGCUGAGGGACGGACGCCAUCCCCUUCCCCUUCAACCUCCUGAAGGAGGCGGGGCUGAGGGACGGACGCCAUCCCCCUCCCCUUCAACCUCCUGAAGGAGGGGGGGCAGAGGGACAGACGCCAUCCCCCUCCCCUUCAACCUCCUGAAGGAGGCGGGGCUGAGGGACGGACGCCAUCCCCCUCCCAUCCAACCUCCUGAAGGAGGCGGGGCUGAGGGACGGACGCCAUCCCCUUCCCCUUCAACCUCCUGGAGGAGGCGGGGCUGAGGGACGGACGCCAUCCCCCUCCCCUUCAACCACCUGAAGGAGGCGGGCUGAGGGACGGACGCCAUCCCCCUCCCAUCCAACCUCCUGAAGGAGGCGGGGCUGAGGGACGGACGCCAUCCCCCUCCCCUUCAACAACCUGAAGGAGGCGGGGCUGAGGGACGGACGCCAUCCCCCUCCCAUCCAACCUCCUGAAGGAGGCGGGGCUGAGGGACGGACGCCAUCCCCCUCCCAUCCAACCUCCUGAAGGAGGCGGGGCUGAGGGACGGACGCCAUCCCCUUCCCCUUCAACCUCCUGAAGGAGGCGGGGCUGAGGGACGGACGCCAUCCCCCUCCCCUUCAACCUCCUGAAGGAGGCGGGGCUGAGGGACAGACGCCAUCCCCCUCCCCUUCAACCUCCUGAAGGAGGCGGGGCUGAGGGACGGACGCCAUCCCCCUCCCAUCCAACCUCCUGAAGGAGGCGGGGCUGAGGGACGGACGCCAUCCCCUUCCCCUUCAACCUCCUGAAGGAGGCGGGGCUGAGGGACGGACGCCAUCCCCCUCCCCUUCAACAACCUGAAGGAGGUGGGGCUGAGGGACAGACGCCAUCCCCUUCCCCUUCAACCUCCUGAAGGAGGCGGGGCUGAGGGACGGACGCCAUCCCCCUCCCCUUCAACCACCUGAAGGAGGCGGGGCUGAGGGACGGACGCCAUCCCCCUCCCCUUCAACCACCUGAAGGAGGCGGGCUGAGGGACGGACGUGGUCCAGUAACCCAGAGCCAUGGCGGUCCUCGUCUUCUGUCCACAGACACUAACCUGUGAAGGCAACAUGACCCUGCACCUGAACGCACCAUCUCAGAGCUGUCAGACCCACAUGUCCCCGUCAGGAUUCGGCGCCGCGGCCCGCUCCUCUAAAACUCCUGCAGGUUUACUUUUAAGCUGUGCGUUUUAGCUGUUCUUUCAGAGGGAACCUCCAGGUUCCACAUGUUUUUUGAUGAAUGCUUCCCCCAAAAGUUGAUUUAAAAGUUUUCUAGACUAAAGGAGUUUUUCCUCUCCUGGUUUGAGGAUGAAGAGUGGGUUUCACGUGGUUUACCUUCCCCCCCGUCCUCGGCCCUUUCAUGUCCAUGGACGUAAACUGGAUUUGCUGUAAAUGUUUACAGGUUCCUGUCGGACUGGAGACCCAGCAGAACCGCUGGUGUUUGGGGGUCUGACAGGCUCACAGGAAGCUGGAACCCGCCUCGUGUUCAGGUGGCGUCGUCAUGUUGCUCUGCGGGUUCAACCACUGUCAGAAAGUUUGUAACUCAGGAAUUCACUGUACUACCGAUUCUUACGAUUGCUACUACUCCUUUGUCUCUGAGAGAAUCCUUAUGCUGUAUGCUUGAUGUUGAAAAUGUUUUAUAUCAUUUUAGUGGCUAUUUAUCUCAUGAACACUGACCUUCAGUUACUUUAUAUACGGCGCAUUUGUACUACAAGAGCAGGAGCUGGGCGGUUCGAACGGCGGGUUUGUCGGUUGCCAAAUCAGCUUUCUUCUUCCUCCGUGGUUUCACCGAACUGCAGAGCCAGUUCAGCUUCAGGCCUGACGUGGAUCUGGUCUGUGGGCCUGACGUGGAUCUGGUCUGUGGGCCUGACGUGGAUCUGGUCUGUGGGCCUGACGUGGAUCUGGUCUGCGUUUCGGAAACUGGAGGUUUCCUGUGGGAGGGGCGGUCACUCUGGUCCUCCUUCAGGAGAGUAGCUUGUCCCAAAAGGAGAAGUCAGGCAACAGAUCUGGCAACUCCGUGUUCUUAAAGUUUGACAAUCGUAUGUUUGCAGACUGACAUUCAGGUGGAAAUCCCCCCCCUCCCCCUUGAUUGAAGAAUGAAUCACAAAAUCAGCUCUUCUGAUUCCUCAGAGUAUUUUUUUUCUUUCUUUUGACAUUUCUGGCAAAGAAGUGAUUCUGUUUAUUGUAAAGAUGACUAGAAUGAGAGAACAGCCGCCCAACAACGUCUAAUUAGAUUUACAUGCAAGUGCAUCAUGUGCCUCUAAUUGAUGAGAAGCUGCAGUGAACCCAUAGAUGUUCCUGUUGGACGACGAUCAAAUGCUACUAAAGUAACCCUUGACCCUGCUAACGUGUUAGCUUUAACUAAUGUCUGUGUUGUGGCGUGACCGGGCUGCGACACGCGUGUGUCCAAAAACUGAGGUGCAGACUCGGAUUCUGCUUUAGGAAUGUGUGAGGAUGAGCUGGAGCUCCAGAACCGUUUUAGCUGAAAAGGAAAGUCUGGUUUUGUACAUUUGCCUGAAAUCAGAGGUUCUGAGAAUCUCCUGAGGAGCUUGUCGCAGACGGAGUUUGCUCCGAGGCUUUGUGUUUCUCAGAAUCGAACCCUCGUGGUGAUUUCUUUUUUGGUCCCAGGCGACUGACCCUGUGACCGUCUUCUCAUAAAUCCAAGUGAGCAGAGUUUGAUGUGUGUGUUCGAGUCUCUCUGCCACGCGGUGGCCUUCAUCUCCACGUCCACAACGAGUCUGUGGGCACCUCUGAUGAGAGUUCGCACUGCAGCGGCUUCAUCCGUUUGUCGGGUCAGGAGGAAGGUCGUGACCUCGGAGGAAGUCUGCAGCAGCAGCAGAGACGCCUUGACCGUUGUCGUCGGCGUCACCUUCUCGGUUUGCGUGCAGCUGUUUGCACACUGGAGCUGCUUGACGCUCUGAACUGUCAGCUCUGUUCUCUCCAGCACACAUAUGAAACUAAUACUAUGAACUACAUGUACAUCAGGAUAUUUGCUUGUAAUGUAACUUGAUUCCAUUGAUUUUGGUUUUAAUCUGAGCAGCAAAUGAUUCGGUUUUUAACAUUACAGUUUUUUUAAUAAACGUCAUCCUUUGUUCCAAAUGAUC